CUCAGCGCGGCCGCAGGAAGUGACGACAUUCUGAGCAGGUCACGAGGGUGGAAGUUGUCACUGAGCCGGGACGGAGGGUGAAAAAAUCGGGCUGUGAGCGGAGAUGUAUUCCAGAGGACUUAAAUCUCAGUUGAAGGACAGUGUUCCUGUUGGUGAACUAGCUCCUAAUGCAGGACCUUAUGGUGUGCAUGAUACAUUGCGUCGGGGAUUCUUCAAUGUUAAGUCUGAACUUUUGCCAAGUCAUCCCCUGGAAAUUUUGGAAAACAAUUUUCGGCUCAAUCAAGACAAAAUGAAUUUUGCUACAUUGAGAAAUAUUCAAGGACUGCAUGCUCCACUAAAGUUGCAAAUGGAAUGCAAAGCAGUAAAACAGGCACAGCGCUUGCCUUUCCUCAUUAGUUCGAACAUUGCACUGGAAACUCUUCAAGGGAAUGAUGAAUACAUUGGCUUUGAAGACAUAUUGAAUGACCCAGCCCAGAGUGAAGUUAUGGGUGAACCACAUCUUAUGAUGGAAUACAAACUUGGCUUACUGUAAUUCACUGACAUCAAUGAAUAUUUUAAAGAGACAAGUAUUGCUUCCUGUUGCUGUGAAUAGGCUAUUCUGAAUAUUUCAGGAAUAUCAAAAACACAAACCCUUCUAGCAAGUGACUGAUCCAAAUGAAGAGUCAUUUAACACAUGCGGAUUUCAACAUCAGAAAAAAAAUUGGCGUAUGUUAAGUUGUUAAUUAAACAAAAGUGAACUAUCAGCAAAGUCUUUAAGAAAUAAUUAUUCUGGAAAGAUAACAAAAUCUAUUUGCAUAAGUGUGAGAACAUAGCAACCCAAUUUUGUUGCACACUCUAAAAUGCCUUGUCAUUUGUGGUAUGCCUAAGAUGUGAAAAAUGUAGAACUAAGGCUAUCAGUUAUUUCAGAUAUACUUUUUUGUCGUUAAAACAUUCAGUAUCCAGUAGGGCUCAAUUGUUAUCAUGCAGUUAUGUUUGCAGAAGAUCAGAGAUUUUAUACCAGAACAAAGACUGUGAAAUGCUUUGGUCUGGAAAUACAAUGCAAAUAUUUGUUGAAAACUGCAUUGGUUAUGCAUUUUGUUUAACAGCAACAUUAUUUCCUAUUGAAUAACAAAAGGUUGUAUCAUUAAGUAGCUCAAUUUAUCCAGAUUUAUGGCUAUUUCAUGACUUGUUUACUUGGCAUUUCAACCUUUAAAUUAUACCGAGGGAGAUAACACUCAAUGUGACUUAAAGGUAGGAAUACCAAGUAAACAAGACUGUCAUAUUUAGGGAGUGUUGUCGUCUUAACAUGUAUUUCUAUAGAAAACUCAUCUGCUACAAUUAGACAUAUAGAUUUUGACAAACAAAGCUCAAGAAUCCAUAAUUUUAAAAAAAACUAACCUGGCAUGAAACUUCAAUAAAAGCAUGAAAAUUGGUAGGCUGAGAAAGAUUCUCUCAGAAAGGGAAGUCAAGGAGUACUUAAAAUAGCAUUACUGAUUUUGCAAUUUGUUUUGCUUCCUUCACUUUCACACUCAUGUACUUUGAUUUCUAAUUUUGUUAAACAUAUAAAAAUGCGUCAACCAGAGGAUAAACAAACACCUUAAGUUUAUUUCACAAAUGAUAAUGUUUGUUUGGUUUGCAAUGUUGUCACUAUGAGCAGAAAUGCAGUUAAUCUGUACUUUUUAAAAUUCAUAUAAUAAAAAUGGAUAUAAUAUGUUUGAA